AAGAUAUGACACACUACCUUAUAAGCAACCACCAGUUUGGUGUUGGGAUUCCCUGUGGGGGAGAGAGUAUCAUGCACGCUGCAAAUCGACUUCUGGAAUUAAAAGUUGACCAAGACCACCUGGCUAUGAUGCUUAUUGAUUUCACGAACGCCUUUAAUUUAGUUAAUCGAUCUGUUUUAAUCAAUGAAGUUCGUGAAAGAUGCCCUGGUAUCUCGAAAUGGGUCGAGUUUUGUUAUGCUAAGCCGGCCAAAUUGUAUUACAAUGAACAUAUAUUGUCGUCUGCCCAGGGAGUUCAACAUGGUGAUCCGCUCGGACCGAUGCUCUUCUCUCUUGCACUGCACCCUCUUGUUUGUAAGAUGUCUUCAGAAUGCUCACUUGACCUUCGUUCAUGGUACUUGGAUGAUGGAACACUUGUAGGGGACUCUAUGGAAGUGGCAAGAGCAUUGCAGAUUAUUAGAGAAGAUGGUGCGACAAGAGGUUUAUGCUUGAAUAUCCGGAAAACAGAAGUGUUCUGGCCUAGUCCAGAUAUACGUUGCAAUCAACUUUUCCCACCGGAUAUUGGCAGGCCUGUGGAAGAUGUUCGUUUACUGGGUGGUCCUGUCAGUUUAAGCACGGAAUAUUGUAGCAGCACCAUUUUAGAUCGUGUCGACAAAACUUCACAUCUCAUGGACUGCAUUAAAAAGCUCAACGAUCCACAGAGCAAAUUGUUACUUCUUCGUAACUGCGCUGGUGUCUCGAAGUUGUAUUUCACUAUGAGAACAACUCGGCCUCAAGUUCUAGACUCUGCCCAACAACGUUUCCACCAUCAUCUAAGCCAGUUUCUACGCUACUUAGUCACUGCAGAUGGGGCGGGUUUUGGACAACUUCAGCAGCGUAUAUCUACGUUACCUAUCAACUACAGAGGUCUGGGUGUUUACACAAUGGAGGACACCAACCAAUACUGCUACAUUGCCUCCUGUUACCAAACCAAGUAUCUGCAAAGCAACAUUUUACAAGGAUCAACAGAUCUUGGUCCCAACUUCCAGUCUGCGUUGGACUCGUACAUGCAAAUUUGUGGUAUGUCUUCAUCUUCUUUCGACAUCAAUGACAUCGCCCCCCAACCUAUGCACCAUCUGGCGACACGUUAUUUUGAUGUUGUUACGAAGUCUAUUCCUACCACUUUUGUAUGUCUGAACGGGAUUCUAUUUUAUGGCAAUGCAACAAGAAAUCCCAUGCACAAGACUACCUCAAAGCUAUCCCCAUCCAUGGCUUGAACCAGUUCAUAGGGUCGCGCCAAUUCAGGAUUAUGGAUCGUUUUGGAGAUCACGCAAUCCAUUGUGCAAGCGAGGUUGGAUUGAUAUCGACAUGACUUGGUAAGAGACUUAUUUGAUGAGUUAUGUUAUAAAGCAGGAGUCUCUUCCAGGAAAGAAGUUUCGAUAACCACGACAGAUAGGAGUACUCCUCCCAAACCGGCGGAUAUUAUGGUCUACAAUUGGGAAAAUGGACGUGAUAUUUGCUUUGAUGUCACCGGUGUCUCCCCAUUUUCUAAAGGUGGAAACCGAAGAUUCACACCCGGACAAGCCAUUGCCGCUGUCAUUACGCGGAAACGCAAUAAAUAUGCAGAGUUAUGUUCGUCCAAUGGGUAUAGUUUUGGUGUACUGGCUUUCACAACCUUGGGAGAAUUGGGUGAUGAUGUUACCGACUUCAUGAAGCGGUUGAAGAAUUGUAUGGCUACUUACGAUGUUAAUAACCAUUUAGGAAGUUCUCUCUUUCAUAGACUAGGAAUUAUUAUUCAAAAAGACAUUGGGGCACAACUUGUUGCGCGACUCCCAGCCAAGUCUCUGUAAUUAUACCUUUUGGUUUUUCUUAAUAUAUGCCUCUGCG